AUGGAUUGUGUUGGUAGGAGUAGAGGCAUAUGUAUGAUCUGGAGAUCUUCGGCUAGCUGCAAACUCAUCGGCUACUCUCAAAAUCACAUUGACAUGCAUAUCUAUGAUGUUAAUGGUGAUUGGCGGCUUACGGGGUAUUAUGGAUUUUCGGACAGAGGUCGACGUCGCGAAUCGUGGAACCUUUUACUUCGCCUAGCAGCGCUCAACUCUCUCCCCUGGGUUGUAGUGGGAGACUUCAACGACCUCCUCGAUCCUGGAGAAAAUCGUGGCCACGUGGAUCAUCCCAACUGGCUCUUAUCUGAGUUUAGAUAUGCGGUCCUGGAGUACGGGCUCUCAGACAUUUCCCUCACCGGCUAUCAUCUUACUCCCCUCACGGUCUCUAUUUUCGAUCAUGUCCCGAUUCUCUUGAAGUGUAAUGGUGUACCCCCGUCCUUAAUCAAACAAAAAUUUCGCUUCGAGAACAAGUGGUGCCUUCAACCGGACUUUCCCAAUAUUGUCCGUGAUUGUUGGACAAACCUCCAUGGGAUCAAUGUUAUGGAAAGACUCACCGCUGUUUCGGAGUCCAUAUCUAUUUGGGCAACACACUUACAUCGGAAUGAUAGGCUGGCCAAGACAAGACUCCAGAAUCAGAUCUCGGGCCUUCAAGGGAGGACUGAUUCUUACUCUAUCAACAAGUUCAAGAAGGCCAGGAGAGAUCUUGCGUCCUUACUUUUGCAGGAGGAAACCCAUUGGCGUCAGCGUGCUAAACAACACUGGUUGCAGGAGGGGGACUGUAUCAAUGACGCCAUGAACGAGGAACUCACCAAACCGUUCCUCUUGGAGGAGUUUAAAGUUGCUACUUUUCAGAUGCACCCGGAUAAGUCGCCGGGGUUGAAGAAGGUUCUGCCCAAUCUUAUCGACCGUGCACAGUCCGUGUUCGUGGAGGGGAGGUUGAUUCAAGACAACAUUUUGAUUGCCUUUGAAGCCAUACAAUCCAUGAAGAAGAAAACUAGAGGUAAACAUGGCCUCUUUGCACUCAAAAUUGAUAUCAGUAAAGCAUAUGAUCGGGUUGACUGGAAUUAUCUUGAUGCUAUCCUUAACUGGCUCGAUUUUAGUGCUAAAUGGAGAUCUUGGAUGAAUUUAUGUGUUCGAACGAUCUCUUACAACGUGCUUGUUAAUGGCAUGGCUGUUGGUCCUAUUAUCCCGGCCUCUGGGCAAGCUAUAAAUCUCCAGAAAUCUGGAGUUUUCUUCAGUUCAAAUGUGGAUGUUCGGGCAACGAUCUCCACUUCCUUGGGUAUUUUCUCGCCGUUGAACACGGGCAGGUACUUGGGCCUUCCCUCUCUUGUGAGGCGGAAAAAGAAGGAGAUUUAUCAGUAUCUCAGAGAUAGGUUGUGGGGUCGUAUUCAGGGGUGGAACGGAAAGAAGUUGUCCAAGGCUGGCUUAACUGACGAACUGGAGAGGAUAUUGAACUCCUUUUGGUGGGGUAACAAUGGAGGCGUCGGCAAGGGCAUCAAGUGGAUGAAAUGGGAACGGCUUUGCAUCGAUAAAAAACUGGGUGGUUUGGGCUUCCGAAGUCUCCAGCUGCUCAAUCUAGCCAUGCUAGGCAAAACGGGAUAG